UUUCCCUUGCAGAUUACUAGAGGGGUGGAGAAUGCUAUGACAGGACUUAACAACAAAGCCAAAAGUCAAGUGACUAACAAAAGGGCUGCUUUGGAGGAGAUUGGGAAUAGAGUUACAACCAGAGGAACACAUGCAGCCAAGAAAACAGAGAGCUUCAAAGUACCUGUAAAAACUACAAAAGGAGCUACUAAACCAGCAAAUGUAACUGCACAACCUAAACCUCCAGCUGCAGUGAAUUUCUCUCUUGAAGAGACUGUUCCAAAGAUCCUGUCUCCAACCCCUAUGGAUGUAUCCAUGAAAGAAGAGGACCUAUGCCAAGCUUUCUCUGAUGUGCUGCUUAACAAUAUAGAGGAUAUUGAUGCUGAUGACUGGGAAAAUCCUCAACUCUGUAGUGACUAUGUAAAGGAUAUUUAUCUGUAUCUGAGGCAGCUUGAGCUGCAGCAAUCAGUACGUCCACACUACCUCAAUGGGAAGGAGAUCAAUGGGCGUAUGCGUGCAAUUCUAGUUGAUUGGCUGGUUCAGGUCCACUCAAGGUUUCAGCUCUUGCAGGAAACACUGUAUAUGUGUGUUGCGAUUAUGGACCGCUUCUUACAAAUUCACCCAGUAUCCCGUAAGAAGCUUCAGCUGGCCGGUGUUACAGCAUUGCUUCUUGCCUCAAAGUAUGAGGAGAUAUUCUCCCCUGAUAUUGCCGAUUUUGUUUAUAUCACUGACAAUGCAUACUCCAGCUCUCAGAUCAGAGAGAUGGAAAUGAUGAUUCUUAGGGAGCUGAACUUUGACUUGGGACGCCCUCUACCACUCCACUUCUUAAGGAGAGCAUCAAAAGCUGGUGAGGCUGAUGCUGAGCAACAUACACUAGCAAAAUACCUGAUGGAGCUGACACUCGUAGACUAUGAUAUGAUACACCAUCAUCCUUCAGAGAUAGCAGCUGCUGCCUUAUGCUUGUCUCAAAAGGUUCUGGGGCAAGGCAAAUGGGGUGUAAAGCAGCAGUACUACACUGGGUAUGCAGAAGACAAUCUUGUGCUAAUUAUGCAACAUAUGGCCAAGAAUGUAGUAAGAGUAAAUGAGAACUUAACAAAAUACACUGCCAUAAGGAACAAGUAUGCAAGCAGCAAACUCAUGAGGAUCAGCACAAUUCCUCAACUGAACUCCAAACCAGUCAAAGACCUUGCUUCAUCUCUCUUGGGAUAAUCCUAGGGAGACAAUUCCUACUCCAUGCACUUUGUCAACAUGUGCCUAUUGAGGCACAACUGCUGCUUUUGUACAUAGCCUUCAAUCUUAGUACAGACACCUCAGAUUCACUCUGAAAGCAAACUUUUAAACUUGCCCUUUAAUGCUCUUGUAUAUCUAGAAAUAAAGCUCCUUUUUUAAAAAAAAAACCCUCUCCCUGGGCAUUACUUACAGUAAGUGUAGAUGGUGCUUAUGAGAACUUGACUUUCAGAAGAAAUGUGAAAAGACCUCCUUAAUUAGUAAACUUUGGGUAAUUGAGAUGACCCCCUCCUAAUAGGCCAGCAGUCAGAACCUUCACUGUCUAAAACAAAGGGUUCUAGAGUAUGUAGUUGACAUAAAUCUGGCAAACAGAAGGGUGUCUAGCAGUAAUCUAUACUCAUAAGCUGGAGCAGCCUGGCUUUUGGUGGUGGGAGAGUAAAAUCUGCAGUUGCCUCAAAUUGGGAAAAGUAGUAUUAAGAUACAUCUCUGCCUGUAUCUUAUGUAGUUGUAGUCCCAUAACAAGCCCCCUGAACGUCUACAUUUAGUAACUAGAGCUAACCAUUGCCUGAUGCAUGGAGGCCAGCAGAAGUGGGGCAUGUAUAAGCUAUAAACUGUACUUCAUGUCCAGACAGCUACUCUUGCAGGGCUGAGCUGCUUGGAAAAUGGAAAAAAUCAUCCACCCCUAUAGCUGACACUUAACUUAAUUCCAAUCCAUAUAACUAAAGCUUCCUACUGCUAUUGGAAGGAGGAAGAUAGUAGGAAACUGGCAAUUAGAGUAAAGAAAAGGGUUCCCCCUCCUAAAGCUGCUGGAGUUAAGCUAGUGAAACUACUAACAAGUUCAUUAUGAACUAUCCCAAUGGAAGGCUAUGGGGCUAGAGAACAUGUGAUUUGGGUGUUCACCUAGGAGGUGGGAGACCCACUUGAUUAAGUAUCUGUGCAGGGACUUGAAUUUGGAGUAGCUUCAACAGAAGACCAAAACCUGCCCCAGAAACUCUCCUCUGCUGGCUAGAGUGCUUUCCUGCAAUGUGGGAGACCCAAGUUCAGACCUCUUCCCAAGUCCUGAAAUGGGUUAAGGCCUAAACUUUCAGUAAGUUUCAUGGCAGUUGGAGCAGUUCCAGGCUUAAUUAAACUACAUAUUGUACAGCACUCUGUGACACUGCCCUAGCUAGUCUCAAACCAUUUUGUGUGUUGAAAAUGAUAGGUUUUUGCCUCACCUACUGCACUGAGGGUGAUACUAAAGGUAAAUGUUUUGGUUUUGGUGGUGACAAUUCUACUGCAUACUACCAGGUCAGUGUGGUUGCCUGAACCCAUCUCUAUUUACAUCACUGUAGUGAUGAGGAGCCUUAUGCAGACCAAAAUUCCCUUCAAUCAGUGCUAUACAAACAGAACAAAUUUUGAGUACUUUAAGUGAGAAGGCGCCAUAGGCUGACCCUUCCAAUCAGUAUUAUCUCAACUCUGAAUUUGUAAUCUCUUCUUGUAUUUCUCCUGGUGCCUAUUGACAGAUGCUGCUUCUCUAUGGUGAAGUUCCUGUGCUGAGGCAAUUCUACUCCCUCUCUAUGCUGAGCUGGUUACAAGGAACACAUUCCUAAAACUUGUUCACCAAAACACUAUCCUCUCCUCCAAAUGCCUCUUAGAGUAAAAGUUAAUUUUAUCACUUAAGGGAAGUAAGCUAAUACUAAUCCUGAAAUUACAGACUAUGCCCCCUUUUUAAAAUAGGACCUUCUUUUAUAAAUCUUGUCAGCUUUCCCUCUCUGGCCUUUCACUUUGGAUUGUAAACUGCUAAGGCCUAUGCUUGGUUUGGCUGUUUCUGUACAGUGUUCAGCACAUCCUUAAUCUACAACCAGUGCAUUGUGGAGGGACAGUGGUGUUAGGGCAAUUUAGGCUCCCUGCAGGCCCCAAACCAACUUUAAACUUCCAGAAGACUGCCUUUAAAAUCAACUUGAUACUAGCUUGUGCAGUACUUACCUGUAACAGUGGUGGGCAACCUGUGAGUAAUCCAAUUGCAAGCCAUGAGACGUUUUGCUAAUGUUGACCAGCCGUAAGCACUGCCUCCCCCACAGCCCUUCCUAGCCUCUGGGAGCUUUGGGAAGCAGCAGCUAGUGCAUCCCUACAGCUCACCACUUCCUGCAACUCCCACUGGCCAGGAACGGCGAACCACAGGAGGGGCGCAUGCCUGCAGAUGGUCAACGGCCUUACAACUCGCAAUCAGAUUACCCUGUAUGGGGCCAGUUGCCUACCACUGCUCUAACCACUCAUACUGAAUGUUUUUCUUAGCCCCUGUAUACCUGUCUUCAGAGGAAAGUGUCUUUUUAUAUAGUUAUAGACCCUACUGCUUCCUUCUCUGGAACUCUGUGUUAGGAGCUUAGUUAUACAUUCUGAAGAGUUCCAGCUACUCAUGCAAGCAAAACAGACAUACUACAAAUUUAACAAACCAACUCAGCUCCUG